CCGAUUGCACAAACGAACGAGAAGUGCACUGUGCUAAUACUAGCCUUUAUCUUGUAGACCAAGAGUCAUUUUGCAAAUUUGUAGUAUCACUUCCCUAAACAACUCAAGACUGAACUGCACUUCAGUUCCUCAGUUCUACAUUUCUACAGCGGCAAGAAACACAGCCCUUGACUUUUUUUUAAAGCAUUGCUGAAAGAGUUGAGAUGGCUUUUUAUUUUACCAUGUAUAACUAUAAAGUAACAUUAACAAGUGAACUAGACCAGGACGUAAUAAAUUAGAACUCUCUUCAUUUUAGAGAGACAAGAUGGAAACAACGUUGGUUUUCUUUUCCCAAUUAAGUAUGUGCGAAUCAAAAGAAAAACCUUUUUUCAAGUUGGUGCAUGGUUUAGGAAAAGAAGAAACGAGCAAAGAAGCCAAAAUCAGAGCUAAGGAAAAAAGAAAUAGGCUAAGUCUCCUCCUUCAGAGACAUGAGUUUCAUGAAAAGACUCAUUCCAGUACCUCUGGGCACUUGGCCAAACAUACAAGAGUCUCCCCUGAAGAGGCAGUGAAAUGGGGUGAAUCAUUUGACAAACUGCUUUCCCACAAAGAUGGACUGGAGGCUUUUACCAGAUUUCUUAAAACCGAAUUCAGUGAGGAAAACAUUGAAUUUUGGAUAGCCUGUGAAGAAUUCAAGAAAAGCAAGGAACCUCAACAAAUUACCCUUAAAGCAAAAGCAAUAUAUGAGAAAUUUAUACAGACUGAUGCUCCACAAGAGGUUAAUCUUGAUUUCCACACUAAAGAAAUCACUACAAAGAACAUCACCCAACCCACCCUCCACAGUUUUGAUGCUGCACAAAGCAGAGUGUAUCAGCUUAUGGAACAAGAUAGUUACACACGUUUUCUGAAAUCUGACAUCUAUUUAGACUUGAUAGAAGGAAGACCUCAGAGACCAACAAAUCUUCGAAGACGAUCACGCUCACUUACCUACAAUGAAUUCCAAGAUGUAAAGUCAGACGUUUCCAUUUGGUUAUAAAAAAAACUUAAUUUCACUCAUUUUGAUGGCAAACUCUUAAAUCGGCCCCUAAGGUAUAUAAAGUUUAUGUUAACGAAUGGGUACAUCCUUUCAAAUAAAAUGCAUCAUGAAAAAGUACUUUAAAAAUGUAAACCAUAAAUGUUUAUGCUAAUAAUACAUACAGUACCUGCUGAUAUAUUCUGUAAAACUUUCCAUUUGAACUCAUUCCAAUCAGAAUCAGAGAAACUUACGAACUUAACUAAAAGGCAGUAAAGAAAUAAUGUUUUAUAAGUUAAAGGUUAAGCUUUUGUAAAAUUUUCAAGUUUGAAUUUUUUUCUAUAAGUAAACAAAAUAACAUUCAGAUAUGCAUUUUUUAGACAACAUUUGCCACAAAGAUGAAGACUCUCAGCAAUCAUACAGGAUGUAAAUAUGCUCCAGUUCUUACAGUGGGAGAGGAUGAACAUUCAUUCCUUGGUUACUAUUUUGGCUCAAGAAUAAAAAUCUAUCACCACCAGUUAUAAACCAUCAACAGGAACUUUGGGUGAGGAGACGUUCAUCUCCAGAGAACUCCCACAUUAAACAUAGCCCAGGUUGAUAAAUGAGGGUGGCAUCUGUGUUUGAGUUCAUUGCUAAGUGAGCAUGUACUUACCCAGUUAUAUGGAUCACACUUCUGCUGGUCUCAGAGACAUGACCAGAUUAUACAUAGCUCCAGGUUGAAACUGAAUGUAGCAUCUUCUCACCUGCUAAGAGCACUUGCUAUUAAAAUACGGGGCCAGUCAGUGGUUUGAGUGAAAACCAAAGGAGGUUUAACCCAGAAGAAAUCAGGCUCCAGUUUGGACUUUUAGAGUUGAGGCAGAAAUUAGAAAUGAGAAGAUGUAAAGAAGCAAAAAGUCUGAGACCCUGCAGAUUCAGGUAUAUGUCACCUGGCUCAUAUUCAAAAAGUGUUCUUCCACUGGUAUGUUCUUCCAGAUCUUGUUGAAUCAUUUAAUACUAUGUUAUUCAAAUAAGAAUUGUACUAAUAUGUAUAUAAAUGCAUCUCUAUUUUUAGGUAAAUAUCUAAUUGUAGAUGUGUGCUGCAUGGUUUGUAAAUGUCUGUAUGUAAAGAUGCCAUACAUUUGACUUUGGCAAAUAUCACUUUAUUUGAACUGUAAAAUAUAAAAACUUUGAACAUCUAUAGCAAUAAACACUUGAAUUUUUCCAUUCA